GAAACUUGCGGGAUUUGCGCAACCUCGCGAAAUCGGUUUGCGCAGCCGCUUGAUUCACUAUGGCCGCGAAGCGACCUGACGGUCCUCGAGAGACGGUCGCUGGUCCGGACGACGGACCGCAACCACCAUUCCCACUGAAACUUAACGGGAAGGUCAUCAAAGGGUUCGGGCGAGGCAGUAGCGAACUCGGCAUUCCCACUGCGAACAUUCCCCUUUCUGGCCUGUCCGUUGGCGGGCACGAGGACAUCGAAUCCGGCGUGUACUACGGUUGGGCGGGUCUUACUCCGUCCGCUGCCACGCGCCAGCAUGCACAAGGGUCGGAGAGCAAGUACCACCACCUUGGGUCACACAUGAAAGGCAUGCUUGCCAAGAUUGCCUUCGGCGGCAGUGCUGAGGAUGACGAAGAGGAGCGAAGAAGCACGUGGAGCUAUGACAAAGGCGCCGUGUACCCAAUGGUCAUGUCCAUAGGGUACAAUCCUGUGUAUAAAAAUACGGUGCGGAGUGUGGAGGUCCAUGUGAUGCACCACUUCGAGCAUGAAUUCUAUGGAAGCCAUAUGAACAUCAUCAUCUUGGGGUUCAUCAGGCCGGAGUAUGACUACGUCAGUAAGGAGAAGUUGAUCGAAGACAUCAAAACCGACGUCGAAGUGGCAGGGCGCAGUCUCGGGAGGAAGGCAUAUGCGAAGUAUGCCAAGGAUCCUUAUCUGCUCGAGUUCGAAGGGAAGGGGGACGUGGCAAGCUAGCGGAAGGACUUGUACCUCUAAUAGCUUCGUCUUGCGGUCAACUACCAGCCUUCACUUGGUUCCGCGCAUGGCAACUAUACUGCGGCGGUCGACUGUCACUACGCUAGAAUCUCUUUCACGCACGCUAGAAUCUCUUUCACGCGCCGCCCUUGCGCUUAGCGUACUUGUCUUUCAUGCGACCUGUGUACUGCCGAUCGUCUUGGUUGGCUCAUCACUCACGUCCUCAAUGCGUCUUUGUGUACCGCUGGCACCGGUAUUGCCACCCUCGAGCAGCUCCGGCCCCUGUGCAUCGUAUCGAACUGUCCGCUCGAGCAUCGUCUCACCCAUGUUCUGGCUGGCCUGAGUGAUGGUAGUGCCUGACGGAUUUGUCUGAUCUUAAU